AGAAAGCGAUGUGAUUGGUCAAGAGCUCUUGGAGCGGAUAUACACGCUCUCUCAUUGGCUGACGCUUCUGGCCCCGCCCACUGGGAAGUUUUUCGUGCGGCGCAUUAUUUUUAGCUCGUUAGCCUGCUAGCAUCAGCGUCGUCGACAUAUAUUCGCAUCACUGCUUGAUCUUUUAUUGUUAAGCGUUUGAAUGGUACAGAACCAUGUACUUUUGUCACAUGUUAUAGAUGCGAAGCACGCGUAUGUAGUAGCUUUGCGCUGUUUUUAACGCACAAGUCUUGUUUGUUCGGGAUGUUUUUACCCUUAACAUGGAGACAAAAAGAGGGGAGAUUCCUAACGGGCUGCUGGAUGACCUUUGCAGUCGCUUCAUUCUUCACAUCCCCAGCGAGGAGAGGGACAAUGCCAUCAGAGUUUGCUUCCAGAUUGAGCUUGCGCAUUGGUUUUACCUGGACUUCUGCAUGCAGAAUUCACCAGGACUACCUCAGUGUGGGAUAAGGGACUUUGCCAAGGCUGUUUUUAAUCACUGUCCAUUCCUGCUGCCCCAUGGAGAGGAUGUUCAGAAGGUUUUAGAGCAGUGGAAAGAGUAUAAGAUGGGUGUGCCUACAUUUGGUGCCAUUAUUCUUGAUGAAACACUGGACAAUGUGUUGAUGGUCCAGGGUUAUCUGGCCAAGUCUGGCUGGGGUUUUCCUAAAGGGAAAGUCAAUGAAGAUGAGGCUUUCCAUGACUGCGCUGUGAGAGAAGUUUUGGAGGAGACAGGCUUUGACAUCAGAGAUCGUAUCUGCCAAAAAACAUACAUUGAUCAGAGAAUUUUAGAUCAGUUGGUUCGAUUGUACAUCAUACCAGGAGUUCCUAAAGACACCAAGUUCAACCCCAAGACCAGAAAAGAGAUAAGGAACAUAGAAUGGUUCCCAGUGGAUAAACUGCCUUGCCACAGGAACGAUAUGACCCCGAAAUCCAAGCUUGGACUGGCUCCUAACAAGUUUUUUAUGGCUAUUCCAUUUAUAAGGGAGCUCAGAGAGUGGAUCGCCAAACACAAAGGAGAGUCAACGAGCAGCGAUGAGGAUUUUGCGUCCAAUGGCAGCACACCAUGCAAACCAUUCCGCUCUAAGCCCAGAAGGUCUCAGAUGUUGGUGGAAGCAUCUCCCGAAAGCUGGUCAAAGCAAAAACCACAGAAACCCUUUGGACAAACCACCCAGAGUGAGUUAGUAGACGUGCUUAAACCCAAGAAUCAUGUGAAAGGCAACGGCAAGAAACAUCAGGAGUCUCCAAACCUGAAAAAACUAGCUAAUGGUGUCAGUCAGCAGCAGGUAAGCUGCUACACACAUUAUUUACUAUACAUUACAUUAAUAAAUGAAAAUGUUGUUUUUUCUACAAUUGUUUGUGCAGAUGCAGCUGGUGACGUGAAUGGCUGUAACGGACAGGCAGACUUGUGUUACGGGGAAUACGUCCUCUCCUCGCGGUCUUUUCUCAGCUUCAGAUUUGACAGAGAGGCCAUCAUGAAAUCCUGCUUUGAGUCCUGA